AAACCCCAGUCCAUUCCGUGUGGUGGUGGAUCCAGCUCCAUGUCUUUACCCCCGGUGCUCUGUGGGAGUGUGGUGACAGUUCAGUCCGACCCGGAGCGCCUCCUCCUGGGUUUCCUCCCCGCUGCUCCCGCUGCUGCUGCUGCUGCUGCUGCUGGUUGGCUACAUUGUAUCAGUUCCCACACGAAGAAGAAGCAGCAGCACCACGGCGGCACUCAUCAUCCAGACACGGUGAACACGGAGGAGGAAUACUAACCGGGAUGGUACGCUGCUCGCUGGGGGAUUAAUCACCUGAAGGUCGCUGGAGGAGAGGACUGUGGACUCGUAUCGAGGCUCUGAGACGGCACCGAUAAAAACACAAUGCCCUCCGGACUCGGGUUGUUGUCGCUGAGGACGGUCUCUGGAAGUGUGAUGGCAGAAGUCCAGUGAAUAGUGGCCUCCUCCUCUCUCUGGUGCUGGAUGUCUUGGGGAGAGAGCGCUGCUUUCUGCUGCUCCACAGAGGUUUUAUUAUAAUAACCCACACUCUUGAUUUGUUCUCUUCACGGAGUGCACACCACCAUGGACAGAGCAGGGUUUGGAAUAGGAGUGGCUAGCUAAGUCGGACAAAAUGUGGUUAAAUGGGACCGGGACGAGUAGACCGUGAGGAUUCUCUAACCCUUGCCCCCGAGUCCCAACCGUCUGAGAGGGUGUCGGACCUCACUGAGGCAAUCCUGGGCCGUUGGCACUAAAAUGUCCCUAAGUGGUGGCACUGCAGGCGGGAAAGGUGUGGACUCUAAUGCGGUGGACACUUACGAUAGCGGGGAUGAGUGGGAUAUCGGUGUUGGAAAUCUGAUUAUUGACCUUGACGCUGACUUAGAGAAGGACAAACUUGAGAUGUCUGGCACCAAGGACGGCAUGGCGGCACCUCCCAGUGCAGUGGCAGCGUUGCCCGACAACAUCCGGUUUGUUAGUCCAGUGUCUGGCUCUCAAGGCAAGGAAAGCAAAUCCAAAUACAAGCGCAGUAAGAACUCUAAAGACAAUAGUAGCAAAGCUUCAGCUGGUGAUGGGGGUAAAAAAGAAACAGGACGGACUCAAGUUGAGCCAACGGGCACGGCAGCGGGUGCAGCAGCUGCUGGCAACAAUUCCACCUCUGGGAAGAACAUGGAAAAAGGGGGCAAAGCCUCCAGAGGUGUGCUGAGUGGUAAAAAGGAGAAAGAAGGGGCUGGUGGGAAAAGUAAGAAGGACAAAACAGAAGGAGCCCCAAUCGUGGCAAUAGCCGCUGCGGAGAAGGAUGUUGUGUCUCAAGCCCAAGUUGCUUUGGGGAAUAGUCGUAACGCAACCUUUGAGAACACACAAUCAACAGACUUGGCAGAAGCCAAUCAAAUGGGGAAUAUUGCACUUGAACCUGUAGGGAUAGUACCAGCAUUGACUGCAAAAACUGAACCAGAGGAGGUGGAAAAUGGUAACGGUGAAUGCAAGACGUUAAAGAAGGUGAAAAAUGAAAAGAUGGAAUCUCCUGUCUCCACGCCAGCUCCUCCCCCCCUCCACCUCCUGGCCACAGUAGGCAACAGUGAGAUUUCCUCGCCGUGUGAGCAGAUAAUGGUGCGCACACGCUCGGUGGCCGUGAACACAUCCGAUGUGGCCCUGGCUACCGAGCCCGAGUGCCUGGGGCCCUGCGAGCCCGGUACAAGUGUCAAUCUCGAAGGCAUUGUGUGGCAGGAAACUGAAGACGGCAUGCUGGUGGUCAAUGUUACUUGGAGAAACAAGACAUAUGUGGGCACUCUGUUGGACUGUACACGGCAUGACUGGGCUCCCCCCAGGUUUUGUGAAUCCCCUACAAGCGAUCUGGAGAUGAGGAAUGGCCGUGGUCGAGGUAAGCGAAUGAGACCGAAUAGCAACACCCCGAUCAACGAGAACAGCAACUCAUCAGACAACAAAGGCACCGCCAACAACAAGACGCGUGCCGCCUCUAACAGCAAGGGCCGGAGGGGCAGCCAGACGCCAUCAGAGCGCCGCACGCCGCCUAACAGCAACACAGAGGACAUCAAGGCUAGUCCCUCCUCAGCUGGAAAACGUAAGACCAAACCAGCCUCGGACAUGGAACCCAAUUCCAGCUCAGAGGACACCAAAGGCAACAAACGUAUGCGGACAAACUCCAACAGUGGAGGGGUGGGACCAACGGGUCUCCCCAUUCCUUCUAUUAAGACUGAGCCACUUCCACCUCCCCUUGAUCGCACCUGCCCCUCUCCAGUUCUUAUUGACUGCCCACACCCGAACUGCAACAAGAAGUACAAGCACAUCAAUGGUCUCAAGUACCACCAAGCCCGUGCCCACAAUGAUGAUGACAUAAAGUUGGAAAUAGACGGAGACAGUGAAUAUGGAGAGGACUCGACUCUCCACCCUGAACCAGGGAACUGUAAUGGAGCGUCUAUCUCUCAGAAAGGAUGCUUGUCUCCAGCUCGUUCAGUUACUCCAAAAGGCAGGAACUUUGAUGCUCAGAGUCCUUCCCCAUCUCCUGGCAAGUUUGGUUCAAAGCAGAGUAAAAAGAAAAUUGCUGAGACAGAUGCAGAGAUGGGAGCUACCCCGAUGGACGGGUGUGAAGAUGGGCCAUGCCUCACUGAUGAGGCCAGUAACGAUGGUAUAGAUGAUAAGAGAGGAUCAGACAAGUCUAAAAAGGCUGGCACAAAGGCUGAUAAAAUGGCCCAGAAAAACAUGAAGUCACCACGGCCCGUUGGCCCUGGCUCGACCGCAUCCCAGCAGGUGUACCCUUUUCCUCCUGGAAACCCAAAUUCUUCCCCGGGGCUUACCCCAAUGAUACAAGGGAUUCCCAAAAGUCCCCAAAUGAAGGGCACACAGCCUAAACCCCCUGCCAUUGGAGAUCCUGCCUCAGGUAGCUCCAAAGACAAGAAGAAGAAAGACAAGAAGAAGAAAGAUGGUGGGAAGGAGGCUGACAGCCCCAAGCCUCCGGGAAAGGGAGGGAAACUGGAGGAAGCAAAGCUUCCAUACGCUGAACCUCCUGAUCAAGGAAAUAAGGGGGAAGGACUCCUCAAUGGUUCCUCAGAUCCUCAUCAGAGUCGCUUGGCCAGUAUCAAGGCUGAGGCUGACAAAAUUUACAGCUUUUCUGACAAUGCCCCUAGCCCAUCCAUUGGUGUAGCCAGUCGGAUAGAUGGCAGUGGGAUGCCACAGCCUCUCACGCCACUUCACGCAGCGAACCAGAAUGGUGCCGACAACUCUUCAGUCAAAACCAAUAGCCCAGCAUAUUCAGACAUUUCAGAUGCUGGUGAGGAUGGUGAAGGGAAACUAGAAGGCGUCAAAGUCAGGUCAGAGGACCAAGCCGUCAGGGAAAGUGUCAAAAAGGCACUCUUUCCAAACCAGACACCCAGCAAAGAAUCCCCGUACUAUCCCGGCUAUGAGACCUAUUACUCACCCAAUUACGUAAAUCCCAGUCCUGGUGGGCCCAAUCCAGGCACGCCGGUGGUUGAAGGUCAGGUUAAGAUCAAAAGGGAAGAGGACCUGGACCAAGCUGAGGAAAAAGUCAAGGUUGAGGUUCAUGAAGACCGCAAACCUGACAUCAGUGCUCCUGGCCAGCAGCAACAGCAGCAACAACAACAACAGCAGCAACAACAACAGCAGCAGCAGCAACAACAGCAGCAGCAGCAGCAGCAACAACAACAACAACAACAACAACAACAGCAACAACCGCAGCAGCAACCCUCAGUCAUCCAACAGCGAUCCAACAUGUACAUGCAACCUCUUUACUACAACCAGUAUGCUUAUGUCCCCCCAUAUGCCUACCACCCCGAUCAAGCCUACCAUAACCACUUGAUAAACACCAACCCAGCCUACCGGCAACAGUACGAGGAGCGGCAGCGGCAGAUGGCUGAACAGCAUCGCGCUGAGAAGAAGUCAGACAUAGCCAUAAAAGAACGAGAAGCCUCCAUGAAGGAGGAGUGGAAACAAAAGAGCCCAAUGCCGCCAAGCCUCUCCAAAGCCCCUAGUCAGUCAGACCUUGGAAAGACGCCGCAGCCCACGAGCAAAUCCAGGGACUCACCCUCUGAGCCCUCCUCCAAAUCCAUGGGGAGCAUAAAGGACGACCCAAAGUCCCAGCAAGCUGAAGGGCUAAAGAUGAAGCUGACCGAAGGGGGCCACCAUGGAAAGGAAGACUCCAAGCAAGCACUGGAGUCCAGAGGUCAGGCAGGGAUGGAGCAGGCCAUGUGGUACAGACAGCAGUACCCCGAGAGCCAGAAGCCCCAAGCGGAAGACGAACACCAGCAGCAACAACCUCGAUGGAAAGAUGAAAGGGACAGAGAGCGGGAACGGGAUCGUAAAUUAAAGGAUGACAGGCCCCGGCCCAAGGACAGUCAAAGUGGGCCCAAGGAGGACGGCAAAGAGGGCAGUGAUCCCAGAAUCACUUCCGAGGACCACCGGGUCAUGAGCAAAGACUCUCGUUCUAAUCCCCACAUGCAGUUCUCAUCACCACUAGCACAGCACCAAGGCUACAUGCCCUACAUGCAUGGUUACCCCUAUGGACAAGGCUAUGACCCCAACCACCCUGGAUACAGGGGCAUGCCCUCAGUCAUGAUGCAGAAUUACCCAGGUUCGUACCUUCCUGGAGGCUAUCCGUUUUCUCCGUAUGGCAGCAAAAUGGCCGGAGGUGAUGAAGGCGGCGACAAAUCUCGCGCCAGCCCCACUGUCACCAAAACGGCGGCGGACUCCAAAGCCCUGGAUAUCCUGCAUCAGCACGCCAGCCAGUACAAGAGCAAAUCCCCCACAGUAGGUGACAAGCCGCCCCAUGAGAGGGAGAGGGAGCAAGACAGAGGAGCCGGGGGAGAGCGAGAUCGGGAGAGGGAGCGCGAGAGGGAAAGAGAACGAGACGUGGACCGACCACGUUCCUCGCCCUCCCAGCGCAUCAUGCCCUCUCACCACCACCUGGGAUACCCCCUGCUCUCAGGGCAGUAUGACCUGUCCUACGCCACAGGUCUCUCCUCAUCCGCUAUUGUUGCCAGCCAACAAGCAGCAACCCCCUCCCUCUACCCACCACCGCGGAGGUGAGAACGGCAAACCUGACCGUCACACCUCAACCCUGCAAAGAUUCAUGUGACUGGCUCAUGUGAGAAGAGAAUCUCCCGGGUGUUACCUUUUAGACAUCAGUUGAAUGGUGUUUCUAUAUUUUUAGUUCUUCUGCCCCGAGGCUCGGCAGAUUGUCGUUUUUUUUGUCCUCCCCUCGUAAAUGACCCCAAAUUUUCCCAGACCUUGGACUAUAACAGGACUGAUAAUAACCCAGGUUCAAAGCCAUCACUCUGCCUCACCACGCAGAGGAAACACCAACCCGCUGAUUAUCUAGUCUUUGCACUGUCAACAAAUACAAUGCAAGAAGAGACUAUUGGACUGCCAGAACAGCUUUUUUUGUUGUUGUUUUUUUUUCUUUCUUUGACUGCAUUGUUUUUUGUCACGCAGAAAGAAGUUGGCAGGGGAUUUUGAUGAGUUGGGUGGCUGACGGGAAAGGGGAGUCAAACUAAAUUAAAGACUGAAAAGAAAAAGUGAAUCAUAUUGAAAUGAUUUCAGCUCUACGUCUUUGGCUUAUUGUAUGCCGUGAAACAACAGUAUAUCCUUAACUUGACAAAUGUUUGGCUAUAUUUCGUGGGGGAGAGGGAAUAUGGCAACAGCUGCUUUCUUCAGAGACUUGAGAGCCUGAGACUGAAGUUUUUUUCAUUUUUCCAUCAUCAUUGUCAAUUCCCAUCCUCUUCGAACCCUCAGUUCUUGUUUCAGGGAUGAUGUCGUCAUGUUUUUUGCGAAGGGACCGCACACACCUCAAUGGAGAAUAAACACUAUUCAUGUUUUCUUUUCUCAGUAAUACUUCACCUCUGCUCCAUAUCAUUGUGUUCAUCCUUGAAUGUGUCUGAUGCUGGUAUGAGUCCUGUUUUUCCUCACAAAUGAAAGGGUCACAUCUGUCGUUACGCUCAAGACGGUGAAGCCACAUCAGCAAGCGAUGAAUUUACUUGGCGUUGUCGUCACCACGUUUGGCCACUUGUUGAUGUUUUUACUGUAAGGUUGUGCUUCGUUCAGCUCGCCACAUUUGAUUUUCUGUAAACAAUGUGAAAUCUCACUCAACUCAUGUAUUUUUCUGCUGUAAUAUAGACUUUUAGCCGACUUUUUUGUGCAUAAAUGUUUAUAUUUAUCCCAGCACGCAACUGUUUAAAAGCUGUCACUGUUAAAUAGCUUUCAGCCUUCACAGCGUUUAACAUUAUGUGCUCAGAUCAUUGUUUCCCAGCUGUGCUUCUUCUUCACCCCAGCUUUGAUUGUCUUGCUGCACUUUUUUCUUUUUUAUUCUCUUGGCCUCAACACAUCACAGGCUUGGUUCACAUUCAUCCCAACAUGCACCGUGCAAUUAGACUGGAUCCAGAACUCUGAAUCGCUCCACAUCUCAGAUCUUUCUCAGCGAUUCAAUGUGCAACUCAAACUGAAAAAUAACAUGGUAAAUCAGUUUGAUUUUCAGGCUCUCAAAAGGGUCAAAAUGUUCUCUUGGUGCUUCGCUUGCUCCUGUGGCUUCACUAUAACACACGUUCACCUCGGACAGUCAGCGUGGGUUUCUUACCAGCGGCGAGCUUUGGAUCGACUGGGCCAAUGAGUCUGAUGCCUCAGACAAACUGCUUUCUUUGUUCAGUUGCCGUCUGUGCUGUUAGGUCAACAUACUGGCACAUUAAACAUGAGAGCAUGAAACGAACCCCCCAAAAAAGCUUUCAGCUGCUACUGUUACAUGAACCAGUCUGAUGCAGACCAUGAACUUAAAGGACCAGUGUGUAGGAUUUUGUGGCAUCUAGUAGUGAGGUUGCAGAUUGCAACCAACUGAAUACCCCUCUCCCCUCCUUUUCCAAGCCAACCCUGUCUUCUACAAAAUUACGUUCCCAUACAACUAAACUGCAUUCUCAAUUACGUUUUGUGGGAAACUUUUUUCUCCCAGAUUACGAUCACAGUUUUAAACCGUUUUAAACAUGAGGUUAACGCAUAGACUAGAUAGACAACCAAACGCUGAAUAAAACAUUUUUAGGAGAGCAAAAAGGUUAUAAUUAACUUUCAUGAACUGAAAACACACUGUGAAAGGGUUUGAAAGUUCAAAGAC